AUGGAUCGGCCGCCAAAUGUCCCUAGCGUCCCCAAGUCUCGUCUCCCACUGUGGCUCGGUUUGGCCGCUCUAGGUGCCGGUGGUUACUACCUAUAUUCUGCCGGAGGUGACCCAAAGAGGGCGACCCAAAAGUUCGAGAGCGAUGCUUCUCGAGCACUCCAUGGAGGCAAGCCAACAAGUUCCACGGCUGCUGAGAAGACCGGUGCACAGGCUGGUGCUAAGCUAGACGAUGCUUAUGACAGUGUACGAGACACAGCAAGGAAGUUCGACGAAGGAGCUGUGGAGCGGGCGAAGCAGGGUAUGGACAAGCUUGACAAGGCCUCUCAUGAGACCGCAAAGGACCUCUCCGGCAAGCUAGAGAGCUUCGAUAAGGCCGUCGAGCAGAAGGCAGCAGAGGCGAAGAGUGGCCUCUCAUCAUGGCUCGGUGGCAGCAAGAAAUAA